UUUGAACUUUGUAAAGAUUGUUUAUGUAGAUAACAUUUAAAGUGAUUAUUUAUUUUUUACCUUUUACUCUGAAGUCUGAAGGUUUAAGACAAGAGAGAGGUUUUACCACACACACAAGAAAUUUACAGACAUCUUUACAUCAGUACAUGAAAUGCCUGAUAUCGUUUAAAUUUCAUUUAGUGAAGUUAAUUUAGCCUUUGGGCCAUUAGAGUUAUUUUCAACACAUCUGGUGUUCAUUUUCAGGUCAACGUGUGAAUAAGACCACAAUGAUGUCUUUUAAGAGUUUGUUUUCAUUUGUUUGGGGGGAUUAAUUAUGUGCAUGCUAAAUGGUAAAAGUGUAUUUUUUUCUGAAAUUCUUUGUUAAAUUUUCAGUUCAGCCUUAGUCUUACAUGGGAAAUUUGCAUGGAGUACAGCAAGAAGACAUAUCAGAGCUAUUAAAGUGUAAAUACAUGCAAUAGCAGUAAAAAACUUAAAACUAACAAGUAAGGACAAAAUUCAAAAGACAAUAAACUGAUGUCAAGCAAGGAUUUUGGCACAUUUCUAACUUAAAUUCUAUGUAUCAUGCAAUACAAACCAUUGUGCUAAAUUAUAUAAUCUAUUCACUUUUUAUUCCUUUUUUAUACCCUUCAUCCUUCAGUGAAUGUUGAAUCUGUUUUGGUUCAUGCAAUUUAAAUUUGCUACCCCUAUUGAUUCUCUUUAAAAAGAGGUUUAGAUCUCAGGAAACCGUCCUGGUUCAACAGAUAUAUAAAAAAUUGAAAUUAGAAAAGAAAGAAGCGUCUUUAUGUACUUUCAUCAGUAUGUGUUAAAAUAACUGACCGUAAUUAGAAAAAUGUUACAAACACACAUACUAUCAAUACUGAAUAUCUGCACACAAUAAAUACUAACACUGUUAGCUGUGGCUAAUCAAAAUCAGGAACAUACAGUAACUGCAUUAGGAAGCCCAGGAUAUUCCACAGAAUUUUGCGACUUGUUAGCAUUUUCAACUAACUGUCAGUGUUGUCAAAGUACAUUUCUGGCCAAAUCCAGAGCAAUGCUGAGCUUUCCUGAAAGUCAACAGAGGUCAGAAAUAGUUGGGAUUAGAGCAGAUUGAAAAUUAGUUGUUCAGGGCAAAAGCUCCUUACACUCACAGUUUAUUAUUUACAAGGUACAAUAUGUGUGUUGACUUCAGGUAAAUGGUGGAAUUAGGUGAACUUAGUUAUAUCCUGGUCUCAAGAUGUACAGUCCGUAACUUGGCCAAGAGUAAUCUUUAAAGCCAAGGUGUAAAAAUAGACAAAGCUGUUUGUGUAACAGGGUCUUAAGGAGCUAUAUGACAGCUUUAGUCUAUAAUUUGACCUUAACUGGUGGUGUUAUAUCAUCUGAGCAUGGGGCAGUGGGGGCUUAGAGGAGGAAAGAUGGAGGGGUCUUGCACAUCAAGAUUAACUCAUUGACUUAUAAUUAUUUUUCUCUCAGUGCAUAAAAGAUGGCAGACACAGCUGUAGCAGCUCCCGCCGACAAGAAGGCACCUCCCAAGUUCAAGCAGAGGGCUGCUCGCACCUUCAAGAGCAAGGCCCCUAAACCAGGCCAGAAGGGAUUCGGAGACGACAUCCCCGGCAUGGAGGGUCUGGGCACAGACAUCACAGUGGUCUGCCCAUGGGAAGCCUUUGGCGACAUGGAGCUCAGCGACCUGGCGAAAUACGGAAUUGUCUAGAAAUCCUCCUGUGUCUUUUCCUCAACCAUUUUACCUCCCUGAACUGAUGUUCCUUUGCCCAGUCUUCUUCCUGCUCCCACUCGCCCCGUUUCCUUUCAACUCCCAGAAUACCUGAUCUGAUGUCUGUUGUUGUGUUAGGCCCACAUGGGUUUUGGGAAACACUGCACAAAAAUUGAUGCCCAAAGCUGAUGCAAAAAUGUGGAAAAAUUGGCAAAUCUAAUUUUAAAAUCAUAUAUUUUUAUUAUUAUUAUUUAUUCAUAUAUGCUUCACUGAGGUGUCCAAGCAAACACUUAAAAACUUCCUCCCCCAUACUUUGCACUUGUCUUGUGUGUCUCUGAGAGAUAAUGGACUAAAUCUGUUUUAAGAGGGUUUGAUUGCUGAUUUAACAGCGUAUCAUCACUGAACUCACACUCCUCUCUCCUGCCUUUUCCAACCCGUUGCCCUCCCCCUCUCUGGAGCUAUUCUUUCUUAAUGUACAGCUGUUUAUGAAAAAUAUAUAUUUUUAUUUUUAUGAAUUAUGAAUGUAAAUUUGUGCACAUGUACAACUGGGUAGAACAGCUGAGUUGAACUAUCAAUAAAUAUUUUCCCCAAAGAAAUGUUGUCUUCUUUAAGCACACUGUUAAAAUGUGUAGGAGUUAAUACCAGCAUACAUUAUUAUCUGUAUUAUUAAACCUAUUAACAAUAUCUUUAGCAAUGCUUGCAGUGUGGCUCUGAGGGUGGCAAUGUCAGUCCAGACUGAAAUAUCUCAACAACUAUUUGAUGGAUUGCAAUGGAAUUUUGAACACGUUCUACUGACUUUGGUUGUUCUCUUCUAGAUCCAUCAUGAGGUUAAAAUUUGUGGUUUUGACUGAAAUGUUUUGACAACCAUUAGAUGGAUUUCCAUGAAAUUGCUGCCACCCUCAAUAUGAAUUGUUUUUUACAUUAGCAAUCCCUUCACUUUCCAUAUCAUCAUCACCAAAUUAAUUUGUCCAGUACUUGCAAAAGUUAUGACAUUCCCAUCAUUCAGUCUGAAUAUUUACUAUUUCAGUGUGCUGUCAUCAGAAUGAUUUACCGCUGCCUGCUGGAGCGGUUUUAAACAAAAAGCUAUGAUACACACUACAUGCUAAUGCUAUCUGUCCCAUCACCAGAGGUUAGACAAAUUGAGCAACAAGCUGAUAUAUCGUAAAUAGCAUUUAGGCUCUGAGGAGCCAGGUAUUUCUCAGGAUCUGGCCCAAGCUGAAACAUAGUAAAAGGAGAGUUAAUGUUGAAUGUGUAUUCAUCAGGUGGCCAGAAAAGGUGAUGAGAGGUCAGUAUUGUCGCAGCAAGCAGGCAACAAAAUCAUUAGCAGGGUUAAAGCAACUAUACUGACUUAAUAUUAAAAUCAGCACUCGCAUACUGGUACUGUCUGUGUGUAAAAUAAUGUGAGAAACUGCAAAAUAAUGCUCACCCAUUUUACUAAAUAAAUACAAUACCAAAAGAAAACAACCUGAAAGCUUGAUCACAACAAAACAUUUUUAUAUAAAACAUUUUAUAUGGACAUUCAAUAACAAAAAAACGUAAUGGCAGUCAAGGGGGAAAUAGACAUGACAGAGGGAGAGGACUGGUCAUUGAUAAACCAUAGCAACUAUGAAGAAUGGCCACAUAGUUUACUAUAAUACAGUGGCAAGAAAACCACAACAGGAAAAUGAUCUUUGUGCGGCAGCCAUUUUGUUUGUCAGCAGGCCUUUUAGCCAAACAGCACUGUGCUCUUUGUUGUGUUAACUAGCUUCAAACCGCUAGCUGCCUUUCAUUCUCCGUGGAGUUUAGUGGUAAAGAAGAACGCAACUGGGCUCGGCUGCUCAGGAAUCAAAUAAGAAAGACACAAGAUUCAUGCAAAACUUUUUUUUUUGUUGUUUGUUUUUUGUUGUUGUUGUUUUGUUUUUGUUUUUUUUACUUAACAAGACUCGCUCAUGCUGGUUUGUCCAUGCCUUCUGUGGCUCCAAAAGUCCAUCUUUGUGAAUUUUGUGUAGCACUUCUCAAAUUGGGAACCAGAACGUGCUAGGGACUAUUAGUUAGCAUCUUUGGCUAGGGUUUUCUUUUUUUUUUUUUUUUUUACAUUUUGUCCAGAGCACAUUCUGUAUUAAUAUUGAGAUAUUAAACAAAAGAAAUGUUAUAUGUUAUGAGCAAAUACAACAGCAGCACAUUUAACAGAAAAAUAGCAUCUUAUUGACCUGCAUGUUUUUGCAAGUGUGAGUGGAAAAUACAACAGUAGCUUUGAAAUUAGUUAAUGGGUUAAAAAAAAAAAAGAACUGCCCCAUUUUACACACAACUUAGAUCAUAUCCCACAAUAACAUUUUGUUUUUCACCAUUUUGGAAUAUUAACCUGUGUAUGUACGAGAGAUAACACUUUCAGACGUUUUACUGGAUACCUUCAAAUAAACCUGGAGCGACCACAUUGGCCAAGCUGACAGAUUUCACCACUGAAAUGUAAGGAGUCUGCGUUAAACAAGAAUGAUUGAAAUAAAUGAAAAAGUGAAAAAGAAAAGAACACAGUUGGUUUUAACCAAAGUGCUACAGACCUAUGUUCAUUCUUUCCAAAAGUCUCAGUCACCUACAAAAUAUGGACUCAAAAAGAAAAAAAAAAUAUCCAGCCGUUCCUGCAUAUUUUGAAAUAUAAUUAAAUGUCAUGCUAGCAGAUGAAUAUUUAACUGAGAGGAAAAGUUUGGUAGUGUCACAAGCAUACCUCUAGUUUGUCACUACUCAGGGUAUGCUCUCGGCUCAAGACCUUUACACACACACA